CUUGCCGAUUGUAGUAGCGGUACGGAGGUUACGUUAUGUCGGAGGUAUUCAAACUGGGUGAUCUAGUAUGGGCGAAGAUGAAGGGAUUUUCGCCUUGGCCUGGUCGGGUGUCUAAUCCUUCAAAGGACUUAAAGAAACCAACGAAUACUAAGAAGGGGCCAGUUCAAUGUAUUUUCUUCUUUGGAACAAAUAAUUACGCAUGGAUAGAGGAAUCUAACAUAAAGCCAUAUCAAAAAUAUAAAGAUACACUUGUAAAAUCCAGUAAAUCAGGUGCAUUUAAAGAUGCAGUAGAAGCAAUAGAGGAAUUUAUUGCUAAUGGAGAGGUAUUUGAGGAUGGCUUAGAUCCAGACUCCUUGUUCGACAGGCUUAAAGAAGAAAGUAUAUCUGAGAAGAAGAAUAUAGUAAAAACACCUAAAGCUCGUAAGGAAACACCAAAAACUAAAAAAUUAGACACAAGUGGUAGUGAUGCUCAUCGUCCAGCCAAAAAGCAGCGUAGGGAAUCAAGUACAAGUAACAGUAAUAGGGUUGGCAGCAUUAGUCCUGCCUUAAAUCAUUCAACACCCCCCAGAAAAUCAGGAUCAACACUUCUUAACAGGCCUGCAAAUAUUGCUAGACCAGUAACACCCCCUUUGGACGUGGAAACAUUGUCGCAAACGCUCAAAGAGAAAAACAUCCUUCCAUCGACCUUGAAAUUUGGGUUCCUUGGUUUGGGUAUCAUGGGUAGCGGCAUCGUAAAAAACUUGAUCAACAGUGGACACAGCGUAAUUGUGUGGAAUCGGACGCAAGAGAAGUGCGCAGAUUUCGUAAAAGCAGGAGCAGAACAGGGUUUAACGCCAUCCGAUGUGGUGCUUGCUGCCGAUAUUACAUUCUCGUGUGUAGCUGAUCCUCAAGCUGCCAAAGAUAUGGUGUUUGGAAAUUGCGGGGUCCUCACAGAAAUAUCCCCAGAGAAAGGGUACGUGGAAAUGACCGGUAUAGAUGCAGAAACAUCGCAAGAUAUCGCUGAAGCAAUAACCGCGAAAGGUGGCCGUUACUUAGAGGCCCAAGUACAGGGUAGCAAAACACAGGCACAAGAGGGUACUUUGGUGAUCCUAGCGGCUGGUGAUCGAACUUUAUUCGACGAAUGCCAGUCCUGCUUCGAGGCGAUGGGCAAAAACAGUUUUUAUCUUGGCGAGGUCGGUAAUGCUUCCAAAAUGAACCUCGUACUUCAAUUGAUGGCAGGCGUGACUCUUGCUGGUUUGGCUGAGAGCAUGGCCCUGGCGGAUCGUGCCGGCCUUCAGCAAAAGGAUGUUCUAGAAGUUCUAGAAUUGACAUCGUUGGCUUGUCCCGCCAUUCUUGACAAGGGAAGAGCCAUCAUCGAAGGUGGUUUUCCGACGCAGUUACCACUUCAACAUAUGCAAAAAGACUUAAGACUCUCUUUAGGUAUGAGCGACCAAUUGGAACAACCAUUACCACUAGCUGCAGCAGCGAACGAAGUGUAUAAGCACGCUAAACGCCUUGGUUAUGGUGAACACGAUGCCUCCGCUGUUUACAUUAGAGCCAGGUUCUAACGGAGCAUGCAUCGUCAGGCUUUUGCUAUACCAUAUUUAUUGCAAUAUCUAACGUUGUUUCCCGUCGCUACCAGAGAAGAGUAGUACGCUAUUCGUCGAGGAGGUAGUGGGAUAAAACACCACUACGAAUCGUUGAAGAAGAUGCAUCGUGACACUUUUCUUUUUUAGUAGAAUAUUCAGUGCAGUUUAUCGAAAGACAAAAUAGAUUCUGUUGUUUUUCAUACCGAUAAAAGAUCAAAUAUGAACAGAUUUGAGUAUGUAACACAACAGCAGUAACCUCGAUGUACACACACACACACAUACACGCGCGCGCGCGCGCACACACACACACACACACGCACACAGGCCUCGUCGUUUAUUUAAUACGGCGAAUAUGUAAAGUAUCAAUGAACUUGUACCAUUUUUUUUUUUUACAUGUUUUUCAAGAUGACACCUUUUGCAUAUACACACGUACAACAUUUCUUUUUCGUUUCUUCCGUUUUGUUUAAAUGCAUGGCGGCUACUUUUCUCCAUAACAGCGUGGGUUAUGAAUCGUCGAUCUCUCGAGUCGCUUCCCGACUUCGAUCCCGUAAAAACGCACCCCACGCUUGAAAAACUUGAGAGACUUGGGACGUGUCGAAAAUGUGCCUUACGAUAUCAUUUCAAGCAAGGCUUUUCUAAUUUCUUUUUCUCUCAUUUUUUUUUCAAUUUUUUUUUUUCUUUUGAGUAUACCGCACGACGAAGUACGUCGAAUACUUUUUCUAUAGCAAUACAACUGGAAUUCGGUUAAUCACGUUGACGACGAACGGGACGAUGUACAGGAGAACGACAGUUGUUAGAAGGAAGGGAAUAAAUAAAGAUAGAUUAUAUUCUUUAUUGGUGCAAUUGUGUAUAUGAUAGAAUUCAAAUGGGACAAAGUUCUCGAAUUUUGUAAAGGAAUUUUGGCAGUAUUUUAGAAGCGUCCGUUCAGUGGAACGAUCAGAGAUGAUAGAAAAACAAAAUG